CAUGGCCGGCUACCCGCGCCGCCCGGGCGCGCCCCCGUUGUCCCGGGCCCGGAGCCUGGUCAUUCCCGACGCUCCCGCGUUCUAUGAGCGCCGGUCUUGUCUCCCCCAGCUAGACUGUGAGCGCCCCCGAGGCAGGGAGUUGGACUCCCACCUCCUCGGCAUCCGGCCCACGUUUAUGUGCUAUGUGCCCAGCCCAGUGCUGGCCUCGGUGGGGGAUACAGAUUUCGGCUGUGCAAAGGGAAGGGGUACCAAGCCAGGCCCCCUGGGGGCCCGGGACGCCCGCUUUGGAGAUGACAAGCCGGAAGACGCUGAAGAGCCUAACCCGUUCUCCUUCAAGGAGUUCCUGAAAAGCAAGAGUGCUGGCCUGUCCGCGGAGCACGCCGGCCGAGCGCACCCACAGGAAGCCUCGCGGCACACGUUGGGGUUCCGGCAUACACACCCUGCCCCCCAGGCCACGGGGUACGGGCUGGAGUACUCGCAGCCGUUCUUUGAAGACCCGACGGGCGCCGGAGACCUGCUCGAGGAGGAGGACGACGACGAUGGCUGGAGCGGGGCCUACCUGCCAUCCACCGUGGAGCAGACCCACACCUCGAGGGUCCCGGGCAGCGGGUCGCCCUGCAGCACGUACCUGUCCUUCCUGUCCGCCCCGUCUGAGCUGGCGGGGCCUGAGUCGCUGCCCCCGUGGACACUGAGCGACACCGAGUCACGGGUCUCUCCACCAUCCCCUGCGGGGAGUCCUGGCACCGACUUCGCAGCCCCCGGAGAGUCGCUGGGCGACAGGCACCUGCGGACGCUGCAAAUGAGUUACGAAGCUUUGAAGGAAGAGAACUGCAGGCUGAGGAGGAAGCUCAGUGAGGUGCAGAACUUCUCUGAGACUCAGACAGAGAUGGUGAGGACACUUGAACGGAAGUUAGAGGCCAAGAUGGUCAAGGAAGAAAGUGACUUCCAUGACCUGGAGUCGGUGGUGCAGCAGGUGGAACAGAACCUGGAAGUCAUGACGAAGCGGGCUGUCAAAGCAGAGAACAGUGUCCUGAGGCUGAAGCAGGAAGUGAACUUGCUGCAGGCUCAGGUCUCCAACUACAAGCGUGAGAACGAGGCCCUGCGUUCCGGCCAGGGCGCCAGCCUCGCCGUGGUGAAGCAGAACACGGAUGUGGCCCUGCAGAACCUGCGCGUGGUCAUGAGCAGUGCACACGCCUCCAUCAAGCAGCUGGUGUCUGGUGCGGAAACACUGAAUCUUGUCGCUGAGAUCCUCAAGUCCAUAGACAGGAUCUCGGAGGUCCAGGAGGACGAUGCGAGCUGACCAGGCCUGGCAGCCGGGCGCCACGGCGGGCCACGUGCUCUUCCCUGCUGGCGCUGGAAAGCCCGCUCAGCUACUGGAAGAUUUUUGUAAAAGCCAAUAAUUUUUUUUUUAAUUGCUAAACAUGACAACUGGGGUUCUGUGGUGUCUUUCCGUGCCUUGCCCAGAGCGUGGGCGCUGGCCGGGUUCCAGACUGCGUCCCUGGCAGAGGCAGGCAGCUCAGCACCCGCUCCUUCCUGUCCGACCUGUGUCCCCCAGGAUAGCCGUGCCUUUCUGCCCGACACGUGUCCCUCUGGGCACCUGUGCCUUUCUGACCAACCCAUAUCCCUGGGGGCUGGGAGCGCCCAUGCCUGUCUGCCUGACCUGUGUCCUGUGCUGGUGGCUGGGGUGUGAGCAGUGCUGGACAUACUGUGCCCUGAGCUCGCUCCAGGUCACUGGGACUGGGGGUGUGCAGCCUUUGGGCCGCAUGUGCUCGCUGCCCAGGGACAGUGGGAUCAACACUACCUCCGUCUGGCUGCUGUUCGAAGAUGUUAUUUUUUCAAGUGGAUGACCGCCCCACUCCUUGCUGUGAACAGCUGCUGGUUGCAAUAAAUCCUGAUGUUCA